UGCAGCAGGACAUGAUGGUGCUUUGAGGACUACUCUACCAUGCAGUCCACCAUGAAUUUCAAUGGACUUCCACGCCAGGGCAGCCAAGAGAGUUACAUUCUGGAUAAUACUCUGAGGAAAAAAUGCUCCCUGUGGUACAGACGCUCACUGAGGGGAAACAAUGAUCGACACCGGCACAACACAGGCUCUCUGCCCAGAGUUUGCAAGCCCAAACCAAGCCGCACCAACUCACUGGUUGAUUACGCCGACCCACAAAGGACCACAAUUGUACUGGAAAAACAAGACAAUGAAACAUUUGGUUUUGAAAUUCAGACCUAUGGCCUGCAGCUGAAGGACAGCUCUGCAGUGGAGAUGUGCACGUUUGUGCGCCAAGUGCAGGAGGAAAGCGCUGCUGAGAGUGCUGGCCUGACCGCAGGAGACAUUAUCGUCACUAUCAAUGGGGUCAGCAUUGAGGGGUCGUCUCAUCAGCACAUCCUGGAUCUGAUUAAAGAAUCAACCAACACUCUAAAGAUGGAGACUGUAUGUGGAAACAUAGUGAAGCAGAUAGAGCUGGAGAAGAGGAUGAACCAGCUCAAGCAAACGCUUCGUGAGAAGUUGGUGGAGCUGCAAGCCCUCUCAUUACAGGAAAAGCUGCUAGUGCGAGGUAACUUCAACAACAGCAGCCUCCACCUCUCAAUGGGCUCCUCAGUAAGUCUGAACUCCCCCUCAGGCCGCUGUGGCCGGCGUUUUUCUAGUGACAGUAGCUACAGGAGCGUGAUGACAGAUGACAGUGACCAGGCCAGUGUGUUUGGGGAUCUGUGCUCUCCCAGCCCCUGCAGUGCAGCCAGCACCACGGACGACGGCUGCUUCUUCUCCAGAGAUUUCCCCUCACAGGACUGCGGGUUCUCCUCCAGCUCCAGCCGUCAUCACCAAUCCCUCUGCCGCUCCAGCAGCUCCAGUUUGGCAGGCAGCAGUAGCUCCCUCUCUCCUUCCUGGGAGGAAACAAGGAUCUCCUCCUUGUUCGGUACCCUGCCCCGUAAGAGCAGGAGAGGCAGCGUUCGUAAACACAUCCUGAAGUUAAUUCCUGGACUCCAGCGAUCAGUUGAAGAGGAGGAGACGGGAACAAACACUUAGUGACUUGUUCACAUGCUUUUGUUGCAGAAAGAAAAAGACUCUAUAAUGAUACCCACACUUAAGGUUGGGUAAACCCUUUUGGCCUUCAUGGGAACACAGAGACAAUGGACAUGUUGGCACUUGGCAUUUGCCAAGGUCAAAGUUUACCCAAGAAGGUCCUCAGCCUCAGAGGUGAGCCUGGCUCACUGCUUGGCUCAGACUGGUGCCGGCACAAAAGCAUUACGAAAACAAUCUUCCACUGUUUGAAUGAAUGUAUGUGAACAAGAUUGUAAUGUACAUAGAUGAGAUUAUGCAUCCUACUAGCUUGAAUUAAAACUGACAUUUUCCCAUGCCAUAAUCAUAGUGGGAUGAGCAUUAAUGAGAAUAGUCUGAACUGCAGUAGCUGUAUUCGUGUAGCACCUUGAGUUUUUAGACCUUCGUGACCUAAAACACACAACAACCAUUCAUUUUUCAGGUCAGGUAGACAUUUAAAGAGUACCUCUGUCACAUUCAGGUGCUGAAAACCAAAACCAAAGCUCUACUCAGUAUAGAUGUCUGCUCAGUUCAAAACAGGAUGUGGGCAAAGGAGGUACUACUUAACCGUUUUCAUUUCCAUCAUUAUUUUCAGGCUGUCUGCAACUUUCGGUGUUGGUUCAGAAACACUGACACUGUUUCUUGUAAACUGUGAAAGUGCUUAAAUGUGUUUUUUUCAAUUUCAGAAGCAUGAAAAUAAAGCUUUUUGGGAGAAUGUCAUGAUUUAUUUUUUGAUAUCAAAUCAAGAAAAUCUGUAUAAAAAAGCUUAAAAAAAAUGAUAAUAAACUUGUGAAGUCUUA